AUGAAUUUUGUUAAAUUUAAGGAAUGGUUUUGUACCUUAUUGACCAACUUGAAUGAGCCAUCGACGAUCAUUAUGGAUAAUGCACCGUAUCAUUCAGUACAAAUAAGUAAGCCUCCAACUUCUAGCAGCAAAAAAGCCGAUAUUGUGAAAUGGCUGAAUGACAAUAAUAUUGUUGUUGACAUGUCCAUGUUAAAAGUUGAGCUGCUGCAUUUGGUUGCUAUAAAUAAGCCAGCUAGACCAAAAUACGUAUUGGACGAAAUGGCUAAAGAAGCCGGACACAAUGUAAUGCGCCUUCCACCCUACUAUUGUCAAUACAAUGCCAUAGAAUUGAUUUGGGCGCAAAUUAACCCUAUAGUUGGCAAGAAUAUUUUUAGUAAAUAUUCGUUGUUCUUGCUAUAUAUAUUGGAUCUUGGAGUUGUCAAAAACAUAUAG